AUGGUCGGGUCCUGCCCCUGCCCCGCCCCGGCCCCGCCCCGGCCGCGCCGCUCAAAAGCGGCAGAACCGCGCUCGCCCCGCUGUUGUGGAGGACGCUCGUCCCGGGGCGCGGACGGACCGAGCGGCGCUCACGGCCCGGGGGCAGCUCCCGGCGCUGCGCCGAGCCCGGGCCGUGAGCGGGGCCGGCACCGGAGGAGCGAGGCUGCGGACGGGGCUCGGCAUCGGGAUGGCGACCGGGACCGGCAUCGGGACCGGGAUCGGGACCGGCAUCGGGAUCGCGACCGGGAUCGGCAUCGGGAUGGCGACCGGGACCGGCAUCGGGAUGAGGACCGGCGCCAGGACCGCCGCCGGAGGAGCGAGGCAGCCCCAGGAGCUGGCGCUGACCGUGCCGCGGCUCGGGCACAGGCUGGGCCCGGCUCUGCCUUCGCAACGGCCGCAAUUUCCCACAGUGAUUCUUUGGCCUGCGAUCCAGAAGCUGCAGCUCAUCUGACAGCUGCCAGACGGGCAAGGUCCUGCCUGGCCGGGAAAGGGCUCCAGGAGAGGAAAGCCACAAAUGCUCCGAGCGGACGCUGCGGCGCGAGUCACAGGAGGCAAGGAGCGCGGGGAAAUGCUGUCGGCAAAUGCGCCUUUAUUCAAUGUGGGCAGCUCUCGCUCCUCUCCACGAGCCCUUGGCAGGCACGGGCCGGAGGGAGCGCGGCCGGCUGGGCUGUGCCCGGCUGGGGACGGGCACGAACUCGUGCUUGCCGUGCUCGGGGAGCUUUUGCUGCCCCGUCCGGGAUUUGCCCAGCGGCUGUCGAGGUGCUGGCGGGUGACGGCCCUUGCCAGGGACAAAGCAGCCCGCCGAGUGCGGAGGGUUCCCUCGCUGCGAGGCACGGGCGUUUGGCCGAGGGUCGCCGUCUGGUCCCGCCUGCAGGGGACCUGCUCACCUCCAGGACAAACCCACCACCUUCAGUUCAAAUUCACCAAGUUCACAACUGUGGCCACGUAGAUUUUACUGCCCCCCAUGCGUGGUGUGUAGGAGAAUUAGAGACCUUUUGGGUUAAGGCAGGAGUGGACCAGCUGGUGGGAAUUUGAGGAGUCUCAAGGACUAAGUGUUUUGAGAACAUGACAAGGACUGGACAUCUGCAGGAACAAGAAAAACAGCACCUGCAGACGGGAGUUUGAGCUGGACCUGCCAGGAGGCAUGGGAAUAAAGUAUUGUGGUUAGAUUUAGAAGGAGAAGAAUUUAGAAAACAAGAUAUGCUGGCUAGCCAAUAAUAAUGGUGUGAACAGUGUGUGUUUUGUGUGUGUGACCAAUCAUGAGUUGAGUAGUCAAAUACGUGGUAGUUAUUGAAUUGUAUAAGAGUAAGUAUAAUUUCCAAUAAAGAUGAAGCUUCCAAAACAUCA